CCAGCCUUCUGAUCACAUGUUUCUGUGAUCCAGGUGUCUGUCACACAAUCUGGUGCUUUCUCUCACGCACGGCAGCGGCACAGUAAACAAGGAGACAGAAAAAGACUAGUUCCUUCCUUUCCCUUCCUGGCCCUUUGUUCUGCCUGAGAUUGUCUCACUGAGCAUCGCUGCAGACCCCCAAACCAAUGGAAAUCAAUCAGUAGAAACGACUCCCCUGUUGGGACUGUGUUUGGUUGUCAUUCAGCGGGAGAGGAGUUUGGUUGUCAUUCAGCGGGAGAGGAACUGGCUUCGUUGCUCGUUGUAGUUUUGCUGAACAAAAGAGACCGAUCCUUGCCCUCUCCAGAGAGCCUCUAGACCAGUGGCCAUCAUCCUGUUAGUGUCAAAUUGACCAGCCCUGCUCUGCAGAGACGGACCGCCACCACUCAAGAGGAGAUGAAACCGGAUGGGGUUGCCACGGCAGCACUUGAGCCAAUGGAAACAUUGGAAUCCAAUCCGGUAAAUGAGGCAACACCGCCUGCGGGGGAGGCAGCCAACCAGUUGGCCAGUCCAGCAGAGGAGGUGACGGGGCAGCAGUCAGUGGGGGAGAUGGGUCAAGGGGAACCCCAAUCUGAACCCACUAAGGAAGCCCCAACAGCCAAGACCAGCGGCAAGGCCUCAGCAGAUCCCAAAGCCAAGACCACUAACAAGGCUGGAGCCAAGACGAAGCCUGGCACCACUGGCCCGACUAAGACCACAUCCAACUCACGACCCAACACGGCCCAGAGCCGCCUCACCAAUGGAGUGUCCAAGCCUCAGACCAAUGGAGUGGCUAAAAAGACCACUGGCACCCCAGACAAGAAGAGCGCCCCGACCUCAGCAGCCUCCAAGAAACCAACAGGGACGGCUGGAGCCCCAGCCUCCAAGACCUCCACUAAGGUGGGUGAGAAGAAACCUGCAGGGACCGCUCGCCCUGCCUCUGCCACUACCACCAACGGUGUGAAGUCAACCACUGGAACGACAGCAACAAAGAAGACCUCAGCCGCAGCUGGUAACGGUGUCAAGACUAACAGCCCUGCAGCUGCUGCUAAGAAGCCUGCAGCUCCCAAGCCUGCGUCUGUGGCUCCCACUAAGCCUAGUUCUGCUGCCUCACCCAAGACUGAUAAACCUGUUUCCAAGACAACCAGGCCUACCACUGGUACAGCAGCAUCUCGCCCAGCCUCAGCUUCAACUCGGCCACCCACUGCCAACACAGCCAAGAGCUCCACAACCACAGCCAAACCUGCCACUCCUAAAACCUCCACCACUCCCAAGCCUGCUCUCUCUAAAGUGACAUCCACUACCCCCUCCGGUGGCAAGCCUCCAGUAUCACAAGCAUCCAAGACGACGACCCCUGUAAAGAAAGAUGCUACCAAACCUACCACACCUGCAGCCAAAAAGCCGGCAGCAUCUCCCCUCACCCGCCCUGCCUCUGCAACUAAGUCCACCAAACCAGAGACCGCAAAAUCAGCUUCCAAACCAGACACUACUGCCAAAAAGGCUGCUGCAAGUAAGACACCCACCCGCCCCAAAACUCAAGAGAGUAAGCCCACAGAUUCCAAGGAAGCUUCCAAGACGCCUGCUGCCAAGUCAGCUGCGACUAAGACCUCUAGCCCGAAGAAAACGGUGGGUAGCACCACCCCAACCCCCGUGAAACGUGGCCCCAAAGGCACAACCCCUGUCGAGCCUUCCUCUGACGAUGGAGCAAAGAAGGAAGUUGCUGCUGCUGUUGCUGCUGCUGCAGCUAUCGCUACUGUGGCAGCUGCCAUCGCCAGGCCAGAGGAGCCUUGUGCAGAACCAGAAGCCGCAGCACCUGAGGCACCCGCCAAAGAGGCAAUGAAAGUGGCUUCUAGUCAGUUUGAGAAUGUUCUUGAAGCAGUACAGGAACCAACUCCAGAACCCACCCCAGAACCAGUCUCUGAACCAGAACUAGGGUCAGUGCUUGAACCAAUGGCAGAGCCUGUGCGAGAACCAACACCAGAACCACUGAGAGAUCCAACACCAGAACCACUGAGAGAUCCAACACCAGAACCAUUAAGAGAGCCAACACCAGAACCAGUACGAGAACUGACUCCAGAACCAAUACGGGAAAAAUCUCCCGAACCAAUCUCUGAACCAACAGCAUAUCUGGCACCUGAACCAGUCCAGGAACCAGUCUCCAUCCCUCAGCUCUCUGCACAGCUGGACAUGAUUCAUCUUGAUGAGCAUACCAGUGACUCUGUCCCUUCCCUGGGAACCACUGUCAUGUCUCCUCCCUGCUCCCCACCGGGCCCCAUGUCUCCAGCCAGGGAGCCACAAAAUAUGUCUCCGCUGCUGGACAUGCAUGUUCAGCCUGAUCCCUGGGACAGGAACCAGCCCCUGGCUCCUUCUACCAUGGCUGCCCAUAGCCCAAUCAGUGAGAAGAUGAUAUUCCAGACAGAAGAAGAAAAGGAGGAGAAAGAUGAAGAGGAGGAGUAUCUAAGGGAGGAUGAGGUGGAAGAAGAGGAGGAGAAGGAGAAUCUCUUCAUGCGAUCCUCCACAUCUCCAUCUGCAGAUGGAUAUGUGAAGGCUCAGCCUCCAUGUGAGGCUCAGCCUCACUUGUUUGAAGCCUCACCCAUGGAUGAUUUCAUGUCUGGGCACCUGAUGUCACCUCAGGAAAGGGAGGAGGCAGUGGAGAAGGCUGACGAGGAGAUCAAUGAGGAUGUUGAUGAGGAUGAGGAAGAAGAAGAUGAGGAGCAGAGGAGACUGGGCCAUCAACCUUCAUCCAUGUUCACUGACAUGAGCAGUUCCCAGCCCUCUGAGGAGUUCCAGGUCAGGUCCUCAGCCUUGUGUGGUUCAGCUGGCUGGCACGGUGACGACCUGCUGUCUGGUAUGGACUCUGAGGAUGUGAGCAGCUGUACCAGCAGCCGUCAACAAGGAGUUUCUGACCUGAGCAGCACCCAGCACACGGCUUUACUGGAGGGCACACAGAGCUCAGACGCUCUGGUAGAUUCAAGCUUCCGUGGCUCUGAGGGAGAUGGCAAUUUCAUGGGUUCUCCCAAUGUAGAGACCAUAGCCAACGAGGAAGAAGAUGAGGAUGAUGAGGAGCGGGUGGAUGAUAUGGAUGUCAGUUCAGAGAGGGUGGAAGACCAUCACAAGGCUUUCAAGCAACAAGAGCAAGAUGAGGAAGAGGAUGAAGAUGUGGAGAUGCCCAGUGAGGGAGUGACGGAGAGUGGCCUGGAAAGCUGUGGGAAUGUAGAUGAAGAUGAUUUUAAUGAGGAGGAGCGUUUGGACAACCUUAACCGCUCUGGUCCUCAGCCUGUCAUUCCCCCAGCCUCUUCAUGGGGCCAGACCAACCCCUUCUCUGAUUCAUGGGCCCAACCAACCUCGCUGCUCUCUGUCUCUUCUGCAAGCCCCCUUUCUGACCAUGGUGCUGCGGAAUCCGAGACACCCACCCAGUCACCUGCCCAUGCAUGGUUGGACAGCACUGCCCCCUCCCUGGCUCCUCAGUCAGAGCAAGAGCCUCAAGAGCAUCAGUCUGCCCAUGAGGAGAUAAAGACCUCAGCCUUUGAGGAGGCCCAUGCCCCAGCUGGUGCCCCUACCGUUGGCAUGUCCCAGUCCAGCACCCUGAGUGGCACGGCUCUGGCUGUCCACAGCAGCAGUGAGACUAGCACGCCAGAGGAACUCCGUGACUAUGACAGCAGCUCCGGAGUGGAGUCCCGUUCAGACAAGCAGCAGACCCCUGUACCCUCCACAGUUCAGCCUGACAUGGAGCAGGACCUGGGUAUCCACCUGGAGAAGGGCGAUGGAGAGGAAGAGGAGGCUGAGACACUUCCUGCUGACGAAGUACUGGGGGCAGGACCUCCAACUGCUCCUGCCUCCGCCCCCUCAUCCCCCUCCACCUCAGGAGAUGAGGCCAGCGACACAGAGGGUGAGAUGCAGAUAAAUGACCCUGAUGCACCCAUGACUAUGGGCGAGAGUGCUGGGUUUGACAGCCCCCCUCCCACCCACAGUCUGCCUGCGCUGGAUGAGGAUGAGGAGGCAGGGGACACGCCAGCAGGGGAGGGUGAAGAGGAUGGAGGUGGUGCCACCCCGCAGUCAGCCAACUCUGUUGCAUCUUAUGGCUUUGACUGCACCACAUCCAACUCCAAUGCCCACUCAAUGGCUGAGAGCUGUGGGAAGAGCCCAGGUAUCUUCUCCCUGGAGAACGAGGAACAGCUGCCAGAAGAAGCCAAGGACCCCUCUCUCAUCAAGGAGCUGACCCUGCCCUCAGCCGCUGCUGCCCAGGCAGAGGACCUGCUGGGUCGGCCUGUGGACCUGAUGCCCUUGGGCCACCCAGGGGAGAACCUAGCCAGCCUGGAUGACCACCACUACAUGCUGGGGGGGAAGAUGGCAGGAGAUGACCUGGAAGAGGUUGAUCCACUGGAGCCCAGCCACCAUCUUGGGGCUCAGCACGCUGGAGACUCCAGCGACAGUCAGCCGCCCUACUACUCUGCCAUAUGUGAUAAGACUGAUAGCUUUCUGGCAGGUAACGUAUAAAUCCCUCCCACCCCCUUUUGGAAUGCACCUUUUCCCCACAACCCUCCCCCUUUACCUGUUGUUGUUUGUUUUCUCUCCAGUUGGGUUAGAUGGCUAAAAAGAAGAAGAAGAAAAAAAAACAGGGGAGAGCAAGAUUGUAGUAAAAGAUAAAAAAAAAAUAAACAAGGGGAUGAAAAAAUGACUGUAGCAAUUUUCAAACAAAGCCUCCCUCUUUCUUACUGUUAUGGUCAUGGUUAUGAGUGUAUGGCUUAAACUUCUUUAUGUACAAUAGCUACUACCAUUUUCUAUUAGAAUGUUCUUUUUAAGUAACACUGCAUAUCUGUAGCCCCUGACGGGGUAUUGACUGACUGGUCCAAUGUGACUGACCUUUUAAACCAUAAAGGAAAAAAAAAAA